ACCACCGCGUUUUACUUUCUUUUUUCCAUUUCUCGAUUCUUUCACUAGUCAUCUCAUCGUCUGUGUCGAGGUUGUUGCAGGAGAAACAACGAAGGAAACUUGGAUUUAGCGAUGAAGGAAUGCGAACUGUGCAAUUAUCCUGCACGGAUGUAUUGUGACUCAGAUCAAGCGAGUUUAUGUUGGGAUUGCGAUGCGAAGGUUCACUGUGCUAACUUUCUUGUCGCAAGGCAUUCGAGGAGCUUGCUUUGCCAUAUCUGUCAGUCGCCGACGCCUUGGAAAGCCUCGGGGUCCAAGCUUGGACCGACGGUCUCGGUUUGCCAGAGGUGUGCUAAUAACUGUAACGGUAGCGAUGAAAGAAGUGAAAUAGACGAAGAAAGAGAGGGAGCAAAUGAGGACGACGAUGAGUUUGCCGGAGAACUAGAUGAUGAUGAUGAUGAUGAUGAUAGUGAGGAUGAAGAUGACGACGACGACUAUAGCGACGAUGACGAUGACGAGAGUGGAGAGAAUCAGGUUGUCCCCUGGUCUUCCACUCCGCCUCCACCGGUCGCAAGUUCUUCGAGUAGUGAUGAUGAGUCUUCAAGUAAUGGCCGCAAAAGAGGAAUAGCGGAAUCAACGAUGCCGUUUUCUUUAAAAAGGACGCGGGAGAAUGCAGAUCUCGGUUGUCAUGAUGAUCUCGGCUGCUCGUCUUCCCAACCAAACAACGAUACGGCGUUUGCAGCAACUGCGGCUAGGAGGGGCUCAAAAGACGAGGAGGCAACCUCUUAUGGCUCGUUCAGGCCUUCCAAGUGCCUAAAGAGAACCUUGGCGAAUUCGUCAGUCCCACCGGCGGCGGCGGUCCUCAGCUCGCUUCAAAGAUUCACCUCCGGCGAAGACUCGACGGCAACGAUACUGGAAAUCCGUAAACUAAGCAAAGAUCCUGGUGCCGUUGAUCUGGAUCAUCAUAACCGUCGGAUCUGACUCGAUUAUAUUCCUCUAUACUUCUAACAAGUAAUAGCAUGUCUAAAGAUUUUCUUUGAUUGGACAUCUUUUGGUGGCCGAGAGUUUGUCAGUGUCAGCAAAAUAGUAGUGGUUGGUUUCGUGCCAAUCUGCUACGGCACGGGGUGGGGGAUGUGGGAGGGAGGGGUCAUGGGGCCCAUGGGGUAUGGGGGGACUCCUUUUGCUUGCGAAUGCAAAUAAUGUGCGUCAGUGCUUGGCUGCCGUUGCCUGUGCUGGUCCUCCAUGGCACGCUUCUAACAUGCGCCGACAAGGGACGUCAGGUUAGGAUAGCCUGGACACUAUUACACAAAUUGCCGGUUCGUUGAAUGGAACCAAGGUACGAACCAAUUCUCUCCUUCCUAUUGGACGGUCCAAAAUAUGUGUUUUCUGUUUGAAUUUUUGCACAUUGCUGUAAUCUAAAGUGCGCCUGGGGAUUAGUAUAGCAGGUAUGUUAUUUGUAAUUGAGGCAUUCUUUAAGACAAGUGGAAUGAAAUGUUGCCAUUUAGGAA